AUGCCAACCUCCAAACCGGCGGACUCGGUCGUCAAGCGCAAGAACAAGAAAUCCAUCGCCUGCCGACGAUGUCACACCCACAAGAUUAAGUGCUCGGGCGGACAGCCGUGCUCUAAGUGUCGGGGGAUGGGUCUUGCGGCCGGUUGGAGUAGUUACCUGGAUCAACUGGCAGCAGAGAAUGAAAAGUUGCGUGAGCAGCUCUCUCAAUCUCCCGGUUUUCCAGGCGUGGAUUCACCGGUUCGUACCCAAGCUGAAGAUAUUCACGACGCCCAUGUGCAAAACCCCAUGCUCAGCGAACGCGGCUGGUUUCAACCCUACGACCACUCCGCCCCACCAGUCCACAUCGGCGAAGCAGCCUGCACAGCCUUCGCGACGCGCCUGCGUCAAGUGUUAACACAAAGCAAGGCAACCUCGCACAUGCCGCGGACGCAGUACACGCCCGAAGCAACGCUGUACAAAAUCCGGGAUCCGGACUUAGAAUGGCCGGGUCUUCCUCAGGCAAGACUACUUGUGCAGAUUGUCAUUAACCAGGUUAGUCGGGUUUAUCAUCUUUUUCUGCGGAAGGCGACGAUUCAGGAAUUGGAGGAUGUUUAUGCCCGGGGACAUUUCGAUGACCCCGUGCUUAAGAUGAAGUUUUUUGCGCUUUUUGCGCUUGGUGAGGUUUAUUCUGCGCGCUCGCAUUCGAGCCUUGAGGGUGGGAUUCCCGGUGCGAAGUUCUAUGUUAACGCUAUGACCCUGAUUCCGAUUUUGCCUGAACGGCCGAGUUUGACGCAUGUUGAGGCGCUUUUGCUUUUGUCACUAUAUUGCUAUUUCUUGAACCGUCGCCAUUCGGCAUUCCUGCUGGUCGGCGAUGCAAUGCGUCUUGGGCUGACGCUCGGGUUGAAUCACGAUAUCCCCGAAUGCAACUGCCCCGAUCCCAUCGUCCGCCAACACCGGAUACGCCUUUGGUGGGCAAUCUACGUCUACGACCGCAUGUACGGGUCCAAGACCGGAUGGCCGAUCCAGAUUGCAGACGACGAUAUCCACGUCGAGAUGCCAUCGGAGGUCCCCAGCGAUCCCAACUUAGAGCAAUUCUCCGAUACGCAGUUCCUCGUCGCGAGUAUUCAGCUCGCCAGAAUCACGGGGCAGGCCAUUGAGAAAAUAUACAGUCGGAAGCGCCAGCCAGACUCAUUCCUCCAACGGGAGCAGAAACUCCUCAUCGCGCUGAAAGAAUGGUCGCAGGCCCUGCCGUCGCAUCUCCGACUCAACCGCGAUGGAUACGUCCCCAAACACGUGGCCUCGCUACAUCUGCAAUUCAACCAGUGUAUCAUGUUGGCAACACGACCGAUCUUGCUGUAUACACUCAUCCAAUCGCGCAACCAGGAAAUUCCGGAUGGAGGCUCUGCGAAUCCGAACGAGCAGACACUAAAAACCCUCGGCGACGCCUGCAUCCAUGCUGCACGACACACGCACUCACUCAUAGUGGAAGAAUGGACGAACGGCUCCCUACCGAUCUACGGGUACUUCUACGCGCACUACCUCUUCUCCUGCGCGCUUAUCAUGGUCAUCUCCAGCCAGAUCUACGCAGAAAAUCAAACCGACUUCGCUCUCUUCGAAACAGGCUAUGAAAUUCUCCGCGCGAUGCGCGACCACGGGAACCUGGCCGCGACCGAGUUCUAUGAUAAUCUCGAAUGUGUCCGGCAGUCUCUUGAUUCGCCGAACCGGCCUUCCAUACCCAACACUUCUCUCACUGACCCAGUGCCCGCCGACGCCCCCUCGUUCCUACCGGGGCCGCGGCUCAGUGAGGCGGGGCUGGACCUGCCCGAAACCGCAGCGUCGGGCACACUGGCGGAUGAAAUGGUAUUUUUGGACCAGAGUAUGGAAGACUUUUUGGCGCAGCCGGAUGUGGACUUUGGGCCCUUGGACCCUUCGGGGGUACCGGUUGGGGUGGCGGAUGCGGUGUAUUCGUGGCCGAAUUUUUCGUUAUGGACGGCUUGA